AUGCGAAUAGGAUUUAUUCAAUGUAAACUUGACAUCAUUGACAGCAAUUUAAAUGCAGAAUGCCGAGAAAAGACAAUGGAUAUUGUAUUCGCUAUCGAUUCAUCUAACGAUAUUUCUCGUAACGACUACUGGCGUCAGAUCCGGUUUGUAAGGGAAGUGGCUAGAAGAAUGGAUAUUAGUAAGAACAAGACCAGAGUUGGAUUAAUAGUUUAUGCUGACCAAGUUUUACAUCAAUUUGAUUUGAAUGACUACACCAAGAUGAAACCACUGUUAAAUCGUAUUAUAACUGCACGACGAACUGCUGGUGGAACUAGAAUUGACAAUGCUAUCAGAUAUGUUCGAACCAAGAGUUUCAGAAGAAGUGUCAGUAGAAACAACACAGCUCAGGUUGGUGUGAUUAUUGCUGGUACCAAGUCAAGGAAUCUUCAUAGAACUAAGAAAGAAGCUAACGAAGCUCGAAAGGCUGGUUUAACGUUAAUCUCUAUUGGUGUUGGUAGUGGUAUAGAACAACAAGAAAUGGAAGUCAUCGCUAAAGAUAAUAAUAAUAGCAACCGUGGAUUUAUUAUUGAUACUUUUGAUGAGCUGGAUGCUUUAAUUAAUGAUACUGUUGUUGAGGCGUGCAGAUCGAAAAUUGCUGAAAGACCAGUAUCUGAUCAACCUUGUGGAUUCAGACAGCAAGCCGAUUUAAUGUUUAUAUUGGAUAGUGUUAACGCUGGUAGAACUAACACCAAGAAAAGUUUAGAGUUUGUAAAAUCAGUGAGCAAAGCAGUGGAUAUUGAUAAAGAUAACAUACAAGUUGGACUUAUGUCAGCAGAAUGUGAACCAGGAAACGAAGGUUUUUCACUAGGAGCUCAUAGAAACCAACAUGAAUUAAUGAACGCUUUAACGGAGAAGAGAGGAACCGAUAUCACCAAGCUACUGAAAACCAUGAGGAGAAACUCCUUCAGGUCGAGUCAAGGUGCUCGUAAAGAUGCUAAGAAGGUAGCUGUAGUAGUGGUUGAUGGUAACCUAGAACAGCCAUUAAAAGCUUUACGAGAGGCAAGAUUUGCCCGGAUUCGAGGAGUAGAGGUGUAUGUGGUGGCCGUGGGGAAUGAUAAAGUUCAGAAAGAGAUGGAAAUGAUGUGUGAUGCACCGACUCAGCAACACUUUUUACGAGUAGAAAAUUAUGAUCAGCUGAAAACUCUAAAAACAGAGCUUAUUGAUAUGCUUUGUGACGAACUGUAAGAAAUAAGCAUGAUGUAUGAGAUUAUCUGUGAUAGAGAGAGAAUGUUGUAUAUUGGGGGACCAGGAAUUAACCUGAAUAAUGGUCAUCCCAUCACCGGUAUAUAAACCAACACUGAAUAGCUGACAUCUUUGCUGUGACUAUUUUCAAUUUUAUUAGGCCAAGCGUGGCUGAAUCUCUUAGUGUGUUACGUUUUCCCAAGAAAAGGCCGAUAUAUAACAAAACACAAUGCUGAUAAGAAUACUUUUUAAAAGGUUGUUACAAUAAAAACUGUUUCGCCAAUAUGAUAACGUAUUUGUGUAUCAGUAUCCGUUUGUACACCAAGCCAUAUUGAUGAUGCUAAGCUGUGCAAAGAAGAUGUCGCCUAAUCCCCUUACAAAAAGUGCUAGUAUAAUUUUAUCUAAAUAGUGCUAUGAACAUAGAACAUGAACAUCCGAAAGUGCUUUAUAAUCCAAAGACGCUAACCAAAGAAUACAAUCGAAGAAGAAGGCUAUGUCCGGUGUAUGGGAUGUGGAAGGAGAUAUUCGUUUGAGACGGGCAUGUGCAAUAUAGUGGUGCUAAAAGAAUUGAGACAAAUCUAUUUCUGACAUGACACUAUAAACAGGACUGCAUUAUUAAAAACUAUACAGAGAACAUUACCGCUUUUCAACUGCUACUUCGCUGAUGAUUUAGAAAUGUGUGAACCUAGAAUUUACCAACAUCGCUACGAGAGCAGGCAUAAGGACACUGAAACGUCAUUCCUGCUUUUGUAAACCCGUAUGCAAACCGGUAUAUCAUUUGUGUACAGGAUAGUUCGGCAUCAGUUCUGAAGAGUUCUUACAGCGUUCCAAGCAUACAUACUAGUGCUAUGCUUCAUACCAUUUGACUUCGAAGACUACACGUUUGUUAACAGUUCGUACCUUCACAUUGGUCGCUAAAACUAAAUACUGUUAUUAAAUUGUUAAGAUUGCCGAACUUAUAUUAUUUAGGUUUUGUUGAUAUUAUUUUGAACAUUCAGGCAAAACUUUUUUACCGUUUAGUAAUUUAGUUGCUUUUUAUAUUUUGUAAUCUGUACUACAUUUAAAUGCUGAAUCGAGUGCUUCAAACUAUACUGCUAGCUUCUCUAUUUUGUUUGAACGGCUUUGUAUAUAUUGUACAUAAUUCAUAUGAGAUUUUUAAAAAUUAUUCACAAUGGUCUGAUUAGUCAAGCACCCUUGUCCCUGUUACGACGUUCAUCUCUCAAAUAUGACUGAGGCUUUUUGGCUAGGGACACCCUAACCCUCAGACAGUUAUCAAAUAGUGCAUGCAUGAAGUAGUGUCUACCAAUUACAUGUUGAAACUUUUCAUUUGAUAACACUCGGAUAUCGAAACGAUUACGAACUAUUUCUGUUACCAAAGCCUUUGAUAUCUGUACUAUCAUAACAUGUGACUUACCUUGUACAUAAUUUUUAUUUAUGCUAGAUACAUAUAUCAUGGAUAAAUCAAACAAGUUAUACCAUAUUGUUUGUUGAGCAUUUAGGUAGGUUAGGUAAUUAUUGUUAUGCUUAGCAUGCUUAACUAUGCUUACUGAUAUACAUACAGUAGCAAAGAGCCAGUUCUGGUUAAACCUUAGUCCAGGCCAAGCGCUAUGUACAAUAUUACAAUAACAAUAUUUAUUACAUAGUAUGACAUAAAUUAAUUACAAAUUAUUUUUAGUUAUAUAGGUAGCUGAAUAGGUCAAUGUAAUUCCGGUGAAAUAUAUAGAAUUUGUACAUAGCUUUGAAAUUUGGUCCUUUUAGAAUACCCUUCUUUAAGACGAGAAGUUUAAAUACUUUCCUUACUAAGCGUUAAAUUUCUAAAAAAAAAUUUCUUUUUUUGAAAAGAAUAUGAGGUCUUUCUUAACUUAAAGAACCAGAAACGCUAUUCUGUACACUGCCCUCCUGUGCCAUUUUUACUUAGAUCAGACUUGAGCUGACUUUUUUUUUCUAAUGUGUUCCUCGAAAACUGCAUCUUUUCAUGUUCAUUUACUGAACAAAACGGUAGUAUUGAGUUAUUUUAGAUGAUUAGAGUCACCUGUUGUAAAUUAUAUUUGGAUUGCCUCUAAAAAUAUACGUGUAAUAUAAAUAUUAUUAUUCUGUUGUUAUAUUGUAAAUACUGUUGUUAUAUUAAAUGUAUUUUGUACAAUUUUAAAAUUGAUAUUUGCUAGUUAGUAGAUCGUAUUAUGUUAAUUCGCUGAUAGAAAAUAAAAGUUGAAAUACC